AUGGCAACACACUCACGGCAGAAAUUCGAAGAAGAAAAUAGCAAGAAGGAGUCGCCAACAUCGAUUCCUGACUUCUUGAAACCGACUCCAGUUGCAGCUGGUUCGCGAGGUCAAAUGGCCGCACAUCCUUAUGACUGUAUGACGUUGGCCUGUUUAUGUCCUUUCUUUCGAGUUAGUUGCGUUGACUGUACCUUCAUACCGCUGUUUCUUUUCUGCAAAUCAAUUGUUUCAUAA